AAAAAGGAAACGGAUUUGAAGGAAACGGCUCCAGAGAGAUUUAAGACACUCUCAUCAUCUCUCUUACUUCUCUCUCUCUCUCCCUGUUUCAACACCGCUUGUCGUCUUCCUCUCUAUCAAGGACCCAAAUCAAACAUCAUUGAAUGCUAGCCAGGGAGGCAAUAAAACAAACCAGAGUUUUCCUCCAACCCCUGAAAUUAUCCAACUUUCCCCAAUUUUCAUUUUCUGGGUUCUAAUCGAUUUUUCCUCCUUUCUCUCCCUCUCCCAUCUGAAUUCCGGCCUGAAGUUCGUCCAAAAGUUUGGACCUUUGGCGAGUUCUUUAUUUACCUGAUCAGGGGCUCUGAGAUUUGGCUUUUUCCAUCUUUCUUUUUUCUUUUGAUUCUCAGAUCCAUUGACCUGAUCCACAUACAAAGUUUAGGUCUUUUUUAAAAAAAAAGGUUUAAUUUUUAUCCAGCUGUGUGAAAUUCUGGGUUUCACGAUCAAAAGCCAUGAGAGGCUUCUUCUUCUUCAUCGUCUUCUUUACAUGUCUUGCUUUCUUCCCUGAUCCUCUACUUGCCGGUGUAGCGUCCGUUGGGAGCAUCGCUCCAGGGUUUAGCGGAUCUCAGAUGAAUUACAUCAACAACAACGGUCUCUUCCUCGAUUCCAACAACUCAGAAUUCGGUUUCGGUUUCGUAACCACACCAGCUUCCGUUACUCUGUUCACACUCAGCAUCGUCCACAAAAGCAGCUCCAGACUGAUCUGGUCCGCGAACAGAGCUUCCCCUGUUUCUAAUUCCGACAAGUUCCAGUUCGAAGAAAACGGAAAUGUCGUUCUGCGUACAGAACAAGGAGGAGGAUCUGAGGUUUGGAGAUUGAAUAACACAGGCAAAGAUGCUUCAAGAAUCGAGCUUCGUGACUCGGGGAACCUCGUUGUUGUUUCCGGUGACGGAACUUCAAUCUGGGAGAGCUUUGAUCAUCCCACGGAUACUCUGAUUACGAAUCAAGUCUUUAGAGAAGGCAUGAAGCUCACUAGCAAUCCUUCUUCUUCGAGCAACAUGAGUUAUGCUCUUGUGAUCGAAUCAGGAGAUUUGUUUUUAUCUGUGAACAGUUUGACUCCUCAAGUAUAUUGGUCCAUUGGAAAUGACAGAAGGAAGAUCAUUAACAAAAAUGGCGUAGUGACUUCAUCGUCUCUCCUCGGGAAUUCGUGGCGCUUCUUUGAUGAGAAACAGGUUUUGUUGUCGCAGUUUGUGUUUUCGGAAGAUAGAGAUGAUAACGCGACUUGGAUCGCGGUUUUGGGAAACAACGGUGUAAUCUCUUUCUCAAGUCUUGGCAGUGGUGCGUCUGUGGCUGAUUCUUCCACUAAAAUCCCUAGCGAUCAGUGUUCGACGCCUGAGCCUUGCGGGCCUUACUACGUCUGCUCUGGUAGUAAAGUGUGCGGAUGUGUGUCCGGUCUGUCUCGUGCCCGGUCCGAUUGCAAAUCCGGAAUCGCUUCUCCUUGUAAGAAAGCUGAGAAUAAUGCAACACUUCCUGUGCAGCUUGUGAAUGCUGGAGACGAGGUCGACUAUUUCGCUCUCGGGUUUGCUUCUCCUUUCUCCAAGAACACCAAUCUUGAUAGCUGUAAAGAGUUCUGCAACAACAACUGCUCGUGCCUCGGUCUUUUCUUUCAGAACAGUUCUGGUAAUUGCUUCUUGUUUGAUUGGAUUGGAAGCUUCAAGAACUCAGGUAAUGGAGGAUCUGGUUUCGUGUCUUACAUCAAGGUGGCAACUAAUGGUGCGGGAGGUGGAGAUAAGGGAGAAGAUGAUGGGAAACAUUUUCCGUAUAUAGUGAUUAUUGUAGUGGUGACGGUUUUUAUCAUCGGUGUUUUGAUCUUUGUGGCGUUUCGGAUUCAUAAGAGGAAGAAAAAGCUUUUGGAUGAUCAUCAAGAUCAGAGUUCAGAGGAAGAUAACUUCUUGGAGAAUUUAUCCGGUAUGCCUAUCCGGUUCGCUUACAAAGAUCUUCAGUCAGCGACGAAUAACUUCUCGGUUAAGUUAGGGCAAGGAGGGUUUGGAUCAGUCUAUGAAGGGACUCUACCUGAUGGUUCUCGUUUAGCCGUGAAGAAACUUGAAGGAAUCGGUCAAGGCAAGAAAGAAUUCAGAGCCGAGGUUAGUAUAAUCGGAAGCAUUCAUCAUCUGCAUUUGGUGCGGCUCAGGGGUUUCUGUGCGGAAGGGGCUCAUAGGCUUCUCGCUUAUGAGUUCUUGUCGAAAGGUUCGUUAGAGAGAUGGAUAUUUAGGAGAAGAGACGAAGAUAUUCUGUUGGAUUGGGACACAAGAUUCAACAUCGCACUCGGAACAGCUAAAGGUUUAGCGUAUCUACAUGAAGACUGCGAUGCAAGAAUCAUCCAUUGCGAUAUCAAACCAGAGAACAUCCUCUUAGACGAUAACUUCAAUGCCAAGGUAUCUGAUUUCGGACUCGCUAAGCUUAUGACCCGCGAACAAAGCCAUGUAUUCACAACGAUGCGUGGGACGAGAGGCUAUUUGGCUCCGGAAUGGAUCACAAACUACGCGAUCUCGGAGAAGAGCGAUGUUUAUAGCUACGGGAUGGUGUUGCUUGAGCUGAUAGGAGGAAGAAAGAACUAUGAUCCAUCAGAGACAUCUGAGAAAUGCCAUUUUCCUUCUUAUGCUUUCAAGAUGAUGGAAGAAGGAAAGCUUAUGGAGAUUGUUGAUGGGAAGAUGAAGAAUGUUGAUGUGACUGAUGAGAGAGUUCAAAGGGCGAUGAAAACAGCGCUUUGGUGUAUACAAGAAGAUAUGCACGCGAGACCUUCGAUGAGCAAAGUUGUUCAAAUGCUUGAAGGAGUUUUUCCGGUGGUUCAGCCUCCGACUUCUUCCACUUUGGGCUCGAGGCUUUACUCGAGUUUCUUCAAGUCGAUUAGCGAGGAAGGUGGUGGUACGUCGUCUGGACCAUCGGAUUGUAACAGUGAGAAUUAUCUCUCCGCCGUGAGACUCUCCGGUCCGAGAUAGCUCGCUUGUUUUUAGCCAUAUAAAGUAUUUUAUAGUGUUAUAAAUAGGUUUUUUGGCUGUUGUAUAUUGUGCUGUGUGGUAAAAUUUUAAAGAUUAGUGUCUCCUCCACUCAGUUUUGUAUUUUUUAGUUACUAUAGAAUAUUUGAACUACCUGUCGGGUUUCUCUU